AUGGGCAAGAGCAAGGCGGCCGUGCCACGGGCCUCAAACAAAGCUGCGCCCCCCAGCAACGCAUUCACGCAACUGUAUAAGGCGUAUAUCAGUGAGACGCCAUCACAUUUUAAGCUCAUCGAUGCAUUCUUGCUAUUUUUAUUCGUCACGGGGGUUCUGCAGUUUGUCUACUGCGUCGUGCUCUCCGACUAUCCUUUCAACUCGUUCCUGGCCGGGUUUGCUGCCACGGUCGGCCAGUUCGUACUGACUCUGGCCUUGCGAAUGCAGAUCGGCGCCCGUGCUGAUACCAAGGAUCGCCCUCGCGUCACGGAGGGCCGCGCAUUGGCCGAGUUCGUGCUGGCUUCGGUCGUGCUGCACUUUUUCGUCGUCAAUUUCCUUGGCUAA